AUGCCCAACUUGUCCCCGGGCUGCUGGCGCCUUCGAUUCUUGCAAUUGCCUGGUUCUUUCCCAGUUAUUAAGAGCCCUCCCGGCUGGGAGAUUGGGAUCUACAUCACCGGGGCCCUCGCCUUGCUGGGGGUUGCUGCUGUGAACCUCUGGAAGCUUUGCAAAUCGGGCAGCUUCCCCAUUCCAUCUCCAUUCCCAAACUACGACUACCGGUACCUGCAGAAGAAGUACGGGGUAACCUAUUCGGAAGCUAGGCAGAAGAGAACUAUGGCCUGGAGCAGCCACAAGCCCAGUGAGCGGGGGUCUCCCAGCCGCAAGAGCAGCCUGAAGAUGGACGAUGCUUUUGAGAGCAUCAGUGAGCUGGGCCCCCUGGAGCUGAUGAACCGGGAGAUGGACCUCCCCCCCUACGGGCCCCUCAAGAAGUCCCUGUCUGCAGACUCGCUCAACUCCAUCUCUUCUGUGAACAACAACUUCGGCCAGGACUUUGUGCUGGGCCAGGUGGAGGUGAGCAUCCACUAUGAGACGAGCAGACGCAUGCUGCGUGUGGUGGUGCUCCAGGGCAAGGACCUGCUGGAGAAGGAGGACCCCGCCUUCGAUUCCUGCUUCCUGCGCGUCAGCCUGGUGCCCGAGGAGCAGAUUGUGGGCAUCUCCCGGAUCCAGCGCACUGCAUACUCCAUUUUCUUUGAUGAGAAGUUUUCCAUCACGGUGGACCCCUCCGUCCUGGAGGAAAGCAGCUUGCGCUUUUCUGUCUAUGGCAUUGAUGACGAUGACCGCAACGUCAUGACUGGCGUGGUUGACUUGAAGCUGUCUGUCCUAGAGCUGCCCCAGCAGCCCUUCUGUGGCUGGCUCUACCUGCAGGAUGUCAACAAGGUCUCCGAUUCGGUGGGUGAAAUCUUGCUCUCUCUGAGCUACCUGCCCACCGCAGAGCGACUCACUGUGGUGGUGGUGAAGGCCAAGAACCUUGUCUGGACCAAUGAAAAGGCGACUGCUGAUCCCUUCGUCAAGGUAUACCUGCUGCAGGACGGGAGGAAGAUAAGCAAGAAGAAAACGGCUGUGAAGAGGGAUGACGCCCACCCCGUGUUCAACGAGGCCAUGAUCUUCUCCGUCCCGGCCAUCGUGCUACAGGACCUGUCCCUGAGAGUGACCGUGGCCGAGUGCGGCAGCGACGGGCGGGCCGACAACAUCGGCCAUGUCAUCAUUGGCCCACUGGCCAGCGGCAUGGGCAUCACCCACUGGAACCAGAUGCUGGCCACCCUGCGCAAGCCUGUGUCCAUGUGGCACCCUGUCCGGCGAAACUAGGAGUCCCCAGAUGCUGCG